AUGGCUGAAUCCACUGCCUCUCAGGCAUCGGUAGAUUCUGAACCUCCUGCACCACCACAUACCAUUCCUCCUCUCCCUGUUUCGACUCCUGUUUCUGGUCCAUACUCCAGCCCUUUGUAUCUUCACGCUGCUGAUUCUUCCAACCUUCAGCUGGUCCCUGAAAAGCUGCAAGGAGAAUCAAACUACAACAUCUGGUCUCGUGCUUUUCUCAAAGCACUCAAUGCCAAAAACAAAAUGGGGUUUGUUUUUGGUACUGUUCUGAAACCAUCUCCUGAUCACCCAGAUGCUGGUUUAUGGUCUCGUACCAAUGAUAUGGUUUGUACAUGGCUAACCAACGCCGUGAGCCCUGAUAUCGCCAGUCUCAUCGUAUACCUGGAUGAGGCGCAUCUCAUCUGGUCUACCCUGGAGAACAGAUUCAAGCAGCAAAACGUCUCGAAGGUGUACAACAUUCAACAUCAGCUCGACACUCUGCAUCAAGGUUCGCUUAAUCUGAAUCAGUAUUUCACGAAACUAACCUCACUGUGGGAGGAGCUACGAAACUUCGAACCAUUUCCAGCCUGUACAUGCGGUGGUUGCACCUGUGGAGGUUGCACUUGUGGAGGUUGUUCUUGUAAUCUUCCUGAUCAAUGGACCCUGAUGUUUGAACGUGCUAACGUCGUGAAAUUCCUCAUGAGGCUUAACGAUUCUUACACCGCUGUCCGACGUUAG